UCCCAAUGACGGGGCACAGCAACAGCCGCAAGAAGGCGCUAAUGCGGUACACUUGCAGUACAAUUCUCCUAUGGGAUUGUACUCCAAUCAAAAUAUCCAGGACACUUACAAUGCCCAAAUUGGUUAUCCUGGCCAAAAUACGACGUCGUCCACUGUGACCCCUCAGGCAAAACAGGUAGGAGAGUACCAUACGAUGUUUGUAGUAGAUGAUUCUGAUGAAUACCUGUACAAAUUGCUCAGCGAACACAAGCAUUUAAUCGGCAAAACGAUUGAAAAGAACAUGGCACCCAAAGAAGGCCCCGUCACACAAUAUGUUCCAAUUGCUCAGGUACCAGUGCAACACCAACACCAACAAGUUGAAAGCACACAUCAAGAUAAACCAAGGUAUUCAAGAGUUGAACCUCCAGUGAGAGUUACUCCUGUGGAGAAAGCUCCCCCACCCUCUGUACCGGCCAAGCCUGUCACUAAGCCUGUGGCUUCCCCAAAGCCACCAGAAAGCAAUGCAUCUGUGGUGCAAAAGAGCAGCCAGUCAGAAAAUACAGCUCGAUCACGUUCUGAACAACAAAGAAGAGAAGAUCAGGCAAAACUACAAGUCAACGAAACGCCUCCGGGUCCAAAUGAAGGACCACCAAAUAAUGACUCAACAACCAAGAACGAUCAAAGAGUAGAAAAAGUUAAAGAUAUAUCUAGUGUUUCAUCUAAUAUCGAUGGCGUUAUUGAGAAAAAUGUAGACCAAGAAACCGAUAUAGCUAAACCUGAUCAAAAUAUAGAGGGGUCGGUUACUCUUUCUUUAAAUGAUGAAAAAUCUAAAAAUAUGAAAGAUAUAAACAUUUCAGAAUCAGUUGAAAUAAAACAAGACGAUACAAGUACUUCUGAUAAUCAAAAUAGCAAAGCUGAAAGUGCGCCAGCGAUUUUAGAUGAAUCUUUAAAAAAUAAUUCAAAACCACCCGAGGAAUCAAAAUUAAAUGAAACAGUAAGUGAAGACUCUGAUAAAGCCGAUACCCCUAGUUUGAAUGAAUCGAGUACGACAGAAACCAUUGAAAAUAAUGCUAAAAAUGAAGUAUUAUCAGAAGAGCAAAAAGAAAUUGCAAACGAAGAUUCUGGAAAAGAGGUAAAGAUUGAGAACAUUGGUAGUGAAGAUAAAGAAUCGGUUGAGAAAGUGGAAGAAGAAAAAAUCGUACAAGAUGAAAAGCAAUUAUCAGAUGAAAUUAAAGACACUGUAGAAGGUAAAGUUGAGAUAGAUGGUAAUGUAGAAUCAAAGAAUCCAACUCAGGAUGCUACUGUGGAUGUUAAGGUUGAAGAGCAAUCUGUACAAGAGGAAAAUACACAAAAGGAUAACGUAGAAGGUGGACCUGAGGAACAUGUGGAAGCAGUCAUUGAAUUGAAAGAAGAAAGCCUUGAGCCCGCACCAGAGGUGGAGGUGACUGUGAAGGAAAGUAAAACCGAUGGAGAAGAAGUGGGGGUUGAUUCUGAGGAAGUCGUCAUCGAACUAAAGAGUGAUGAAAACCAACAACCAGCAACUGAGGAGCUGGUGAAUGAAGACGAAAGUAGAAAAGAGGAACAAACAGAAUCAGCAGAUGUACCAUCAGAAAAAGCAGAAGAAACACAAGACCAACAACCUGACAAAACACCAGCAGAAGAAGUCAACGACCAACAACAACCAACAGCACCAGCAGAAGGAUCAGAAGAUAAACAACCUCAAGAAACAACAGCAGAUCAACAAGAGAAAUCAGAGAAUGUGGAGGCCGAAAAGGACACGGUCCAGGAAGAUGCUGAAAAGAGUGAAGAAACAGAAGAGUCAGAACCAAAGGCGCCAAAAAAGAAGGAGAGGAUGGAUUUAUCGCAGUUUAAGCAAGAAAAGAAGCCACCAGGAAAGUUGAACAUGGACAAGUGGACCUAGUAGUGUGGCGGAGGAUGUAUGUCAUCGGUGAAAGAGACUGGAACCAAUCACACGUAUACCGUAUGAUCAACGAAACGCGCACAGACAAGAGACAAGUGUAUCCGCCAGGCCAUCCGAACCAGCCCGUAACCACGCAAACAGUGCAGACGACACAGAAGACGUAUUCUUACGACUACACCCCAACGAUGGAAGAUGGAUACGGGGUAUCCGAGUUUUAAAUAUCAUUUGCCGCCAGAGUGACAACCGGAAGUCGGCUUGUAAAUAAA